UUUAUCGCUCACUCCUGACCUGGCACCCCGCUGAUGGUGCUGACACGUGUAAAAGCGACGCCAUGUGGAGCCUUUAUUGGCCCCAACCUAACAAACAAUCUCUCCCUCCCCCCUCCUCUCUCUCUCUCUCUCUCUCUCGGAGGGUUUUCUCUCUGAAAUUCUCACCGAUUUUCGCUUGUUCUUUUACGCAAACCGUGUUGAUUUAAGAGGAAUGAGAGAAAAUCUCCGGCCAAAUAUUCCGCCGCCCCAGGCCACGGCCGGUUGCGGGAGUGAGUUGACUCGGACGAACUCGGACUCGUCCGCCAUCACAGCUGACACUUCCAAAGAACCUUCACGCCAUUGUGGAAAUGCCAAAGCGCAGGGGCAGUUGACAGAGUGGACAGAUCAGAAGCACAGUUUGUAUCUUGAUUCCUUAGAGGCAUCAUUUGUUACUGAAUUGCAACGUUCAAUGCGUUUGCGUGGCUUGUGCUCGCAAGAUAAUGUGCGUGGGACAUAUUCACCUGAAGAACCUAGAACCAAAACUCGCAAGUCUUCUGACGAGUUCAUGGUUCUACGAGAUGGCUGCUGGCAGAAGAUCAACUUUGAAAGAAAGGAUAAUUUGUUGGACAGCACUGCUGAUUCUCAUGUUGUUCUAGGAAGUCCAUGGAUACGCCAUUUUACAUCUUCAGGCAAACAGCGCACUGAGAGAUCUCUUUAUGUCCAAGAAGAUGGUGUGCUUUUUCAUGAAGGGACUCAUUUAAAAGGGAAUUUGACUUCCGCCAGUGGAUCAUCAAGAGGUUUGGAUCAUCAGGGCUUUUUUGGCAGUUCUACAGAAAUUUCAGAUCAGAACUUUGUGGAUGAAGACCAAGGAGAGAAGUCGAGCUGUGCGUCUAAGGCGAAAAGGUUGAAGGCGUCUGCAGCUGAUGCUACAAGCAGUGAUCAAGUUGUGCCCCUUGGAAAGUUUCACACAACAGAUGUUUCAACUCCCGAUAACGCUUCAUCGGAGAGGGAGCAAGAAGGACAUUACGAACUGCUGUCAGAGAACCCUGAGAGCCACGUUUGCCCAAAAUCCGAUCUGCAUUAUUUUCUGAAAGGGAGCUAAGUUAUGCUUGGAAUCGUAAGUUUGAUCGAUAAUCAUCGACACUAAUACACCAAAAGAAUUAUAGCGAUAAGCAUUGCAGAGGCUUCUUGAGCAACAAACUUUAUAAAAUUAAAAAGGUGACUUAUUCUAUAGAGGGUUGGUCCUGGGGUUAAUGCGGUGGUAAUGCUGACAAAAGAUUUUUGGCAAAAAUUCAUGUUGCUGGUGAAGUUUGCUCAUAUAGGAUUCUAUGAUGAAAUUGAUGAAAACACCAUGUUGGUUAGCUAUUGGAGAUAGGAUUCUGUUUUCUUUUCCUGUUCAUUUCUUCAAUUUUGUGUACUGAAAAUUUAUUUCAGAGGGAAACCUUGAACUUGUUUUAGACGUAGAAAGUAGGAAAUGCAACUGCUGUAUGUGGUAAAUGUGUGGAUGCAUGGAGCUGAUUGUCAGUCAUGUUGUUGUGUUCCACAUAUAAUCAUAUUUUGUGUAUUUUUUUUUUUUUUUUAAUUUUUAAUUUUUUAGGUUUCCUCUGAAGUUUACAGUUCUACAAGAGCUCUUGAGCUUUCAAAUAUUAUUUUGAUUCAAAGAUUGCAAAUUGUAGAUAA